AUAUUCGUUUGUAUUUAAUCGCGUUUCAAUUUUUUGAAUUUGAUUUUUUAAAUCCUCAUUAUCGUAACAUUUGUAUUAAUUAUUCAUUCGCGUUGUUACUUAUCGUAUUAAAUGUCUCAAAUUUUUGUGUAAAUCGCGAUUAAAUUCAAUUUUCCUUUUGUCAAGUUAGCAUUUAACUUUCUAAUGACAACUUUUCAAGAUUGGCGCGUCGUUGUAAAUGUAAAAUAAGUAAUGCUGUGAAUGAUAAAUUUCGUUGUUAUUUUCUCGCGUAGCUCGAGUGGAUGUCGUAUAACUCGAAGAAAAUCAUCUUACGGAGCAUAAAUGUAUGAUGGUGUCUGUGUACAUUGGCUAGUCACGAAAUAACGUCAAUCAAUGGAACGCAGUACUGUUGAUGGUUUAGGUUUUCUUACUUAAAGUGUUCAGUACUUCAUGUAUAGAUCCAUGCAAAAUAUUGAUAGGCAACAUGACUUGAAAUCCACGUGUAAUGAUGGACGACAAAGAAUGGCUAUGAAUGGCGAAACUCCUACUGUACCCAUAACAACAUUAGCUGGUAUUUCAAGUCUAACCGACUUGUUGCCAGAAAUGCCCUUACCUUCUCCACUGCCACAUACGCUUAGUAACAAAUCAUUAUUAUUUCAUCCACGAGUGGCAGAAGAAGCUAACAAUCUAUUAAAUUUACGAGAUGAAAAUCUUGUCCCGCUACUAGCUAAUUCGUUAUCACAAACUACAUCCGAUCAUAUUGAACUCAAGGAUCAUUAUGCUUGUACCGAUCAACUCAUUGACCACCAGUAUCAGCCUGAGUUACUUAAGGCCAUCGUUCAACGAAAUCCAACCGUAUUUAAAAAUGCUUCAACAUCUCAACGCAUGGGAUGGCACCAUCAACAGCGACAAACGCAGCAACCGCAACAAAUUCUAUUGCAACAACAAAUGCAGCAGCAGAAGCAACAAAAUUUUCAACAACCGCAGCAGCGUAUGCAACAACCGCUGAGUCAGUCUUUCCAGCAGCCUUUGCAUCAUCAUCAGAACAAGCCAUCAGAUCAGAAUCAAGCACGUCACGUGUUACAGCAGCAGUCUCCGCAAAGUAUGCUGCAGCAAUCACAAGCGUCGCCGCAAUCUCAACAACAGAUGCAAAUGCAGCAACAAUUUCAUUCGCAGCAAGUGCAUCAUAUGCAGCAGGGCCAACUCGGUCAUCAGCAAAGCGUAAUUUCGAUGGGACCGUCUUCUUCGAGUGGCAGUCCGGUGGUCUCGGCGUCGAAUAAUUUCAUGCCGAAAAUGGCGUCGCCGGCGAACGCUUCUGCGACGGGUAAUUACAACAGCACGACUUCGGUCGAUUACGUGAAUAAUUCGAUCAAUACGUAUUCGCCAUCGGCACCGUCUACUCGAUCGUCGGCCCGAUUAGCGGCGAGUAACGCUGCUCAGAAUUAUCAAGAUAGCGUUGUCAAUUCGGUGGUGAAUUCGUCGUUCCAGCAACAUAAUUUUAUACCAUCAACGUCGCAGAAUACCAGGCACGUUAUACACGGAGGAGCCGGUGACGGUCAACCUCCGUAUACGAACGCCGAUGGUGCUUCUACGUCCGGUAAUUAUUCGCCGUAUCCGGCCAUCGUACAAAAUUCGUCGCCCAUGUUGGCUUCGUUACCUACUCCGGCUGCUACUCCUUCGCCGACACCUGCUCAAUCGCCCAAUAGAUUCAUGCAACGUGCUUCCGUCAUUACAUCCGAUAAUACUGCUCAACAGAACGGCAUGUACUCGAUACCAAAUGUCGAUAAAUUCCUUAUGGGAGAAGAUAUCAAUUUAAACAUGUCCGAUCAAUCGAUGGAUGUUGGUGAUCUGAAUUCAUCGCUAAUGCAACCAAACAUGGUCCAACCGUAUUCCGGGUCUCAAGAUAGUAACAUGGUUAAGAUACCAUCGAUUAUAGAUCCAGCCACCAAUCAACCCAUCCAAAUUUCCGAACAGCUGCAGUCGCAGAUCGAAUCGCAACUUCAGCUCGACGCUGCCGCCCAAUCGCACAUGAACUCGCAGGAAAUCUAUCCGGCCGAUAUGCUUGAAAGUACCAUCGGAUCGUCGGUCUGCGGUACCGAUAAUCUGCUGGCCAACGAUGUUUCCUCCAAUAUACCAAUUAUUUCGGGUGAUUUAUCAAUGACGCCUCCAUUGUCUAGCUCUGUUCCACAGCUAGAUUCCGUCCCUGCGCAAAGUGAUUUCAAUUCGUUGGCAACCGAAAGAGCUUCGAAGCGAAAACGUAAUUCUAGAAUUCCCGAAACUCCUAUCAAAGAUGAAGAAUAUGUGCCAAAGCCAAAGCUCAAAAAAAUCGAACGAAAAUUAGUACCAGUCUUGGAAAAAUUAAUCGUAGAAGAGUUAACUGAAACGAAUCCGUACCAAAAAUUCAAUCAAUCUUUGGAUAGAGUAUUUGAUCACGUUGAAGACAUGGAUAUUUCGUUGGAUGCUGAAUCAGACGACGAGGUACCAGAAGAAACUUUAUUACCAAAAUACCAACUUCUAGAUUUAUGUAGCGAAGCAGCUAAGCUCAAAUCAUUAGGUUGCAUGGAAUCCAUACCAAGUGAUAAGUUAAUUCGAUUGUUGGGUAUCUUGGAGAAGAAUAUUAGAUCUGGAAUUAAAGUUUCACCCAUAGCUGAUGAAAACGAUGACGAAUCUGAACGUAAACUGUGGAUGGAAUUAGCCAUGGAAAGAAUAAUGAGAGCAGUAGACGCGUCACUGAUAUCCCUGUACGUACUCACCUCGCCGAACAUGAAUAAGAAAGUCUACCUGGAAGAUGUCAUCGAUAAAAUCAUCCUAUUCACCAAAUAUCAGCUUCAUAACACCAUUUAUCCUGUCUACGAUCCGGUCUAUCGCACUAAACAGAAAAAGAAAGACACCGGAUCUCGUAAAAAGAAAUCCAAUUCUCGUGACGUUCGAGAAAAAAGCAUCGUCUCGUUGUACACGAAACUGGUGGAAAUCAUAUCGUUACUUUCGGAAUUACUCAAUAUACAACCUCUUACCGAUAAUUCUAUUUUGCAUUUGUCUACGAUGGGUGUUGGACCAUUUUUCGUUGAGGGUAUCAACGAAUUACAGCUGACUUCGUUAAAAUUGGUCACUUCGAUAUUUAUGAAAUACGAAAAGCAUAGAAAAUUAUUAUUAGACGACAUUUUGGCGUCAAUGGCGAGAUUACCGAAUUCGAAACAGAGCUUGAGAUCGUAUAGGUUGAGCUCGCAAGAACACAUACAAAUAUUAACGGCGUUAGUAUUGCAGCUGAUCCAGUGUAUGGUUGUUUUACCAAAGAACGCAGCUAGUAGAAAAUUAACGUGGGAUCCGGAUAGUGAAAUAUCGCGUAAAUUCAAAGCAGCUCAAACCAGCGCGUCGAAUUUUUUAGUAGUUUUCUUAUCGAAGUGUAGCAGUAAGUCAGAGGAAAUCGAUUAUCGACCUUUGUUCGAAAAUUUCAUCCAAGAUUUACUGACAACAGUGAACAAACCCGAAUGGCCAGUGUCUGAAUUAAUGCUCAGUGUGCUCGGUAAACUCCUAGUGACGAAUUUCGUCAACACGAAGGCCGAAAUGGCGCUGCGAGUAGCAUCUCUAGAUUAUUUAGGUGUCGUUGCGGCCAGACUUCGUAAAGAUUCAGUAACGUCGAAUUUGAAGUUGUCCACCAUUGAUACCAUAAUCAAAGAUAUUCGAGCUGAAGAACUAAAAGACGACGAUAAACCAGUCGAUUACGAUAAACUGGAAAUCGGAAGCGAUGAAGAAAGGAUUAUGUUUCUGCAAAGAGUAUUAUUAGAUUAUUUAGCAGUGAAAAGUCAUAACGAAGAUUCGUUGGCUCAUGCCAGGCACUUUUACAUUUGUCAAUGGUACCAAGAUGCUCUAAACGAAGCAAAUGCACCUACGACCAACAAAACCAAACAUUCGAAGACGCCCAAGAAAAAGAACAAAAAGAGAUGGAAAGAUAGUUCAGACGAAGACACCGAAAGCGAAGAGGAAGAGGAAGACGAAGAGAAAAUCAAAGAAACUAAGAAUAUAAUCGACGAAAAAAUUGAAUUACGGAAACAGUUUUAUUUGAAUAAAAUCAACCCUUUCGAAAUCCGUGAUAACUUUCCCUCUACGAAAGUGAUGCAAACGGAAAUCCAGCAUACGUAUAUCGACUACGAAAGCGCCGAAUUAGUAUCGAGGUAUUUAGCCUCCAAAAGACCAUUUUCCAGGAGCUUCGAAACGUUUCUGAAACACAUUAUCAAAGUGUUGAUGGAAACGUCUGUCGGUAUUCGUACAAAAGCUAUGAAAUGUCUCACAAUGAUCGUUGAAGCGGAUCCGGGCGUUUUGGCGUUGAAAGAGAUGCAAAUGGGUGUAUUUCAUUCGUUCCUCGAUCACUCAACUUCGGUUCGAGAAGCAGCUGUCGAUCUAGUCGGCAAAUUCGUUCUGAAUCAGCCUAGUUUAAUCGAUAAUUAUUACGAAAUGCUUUCGAAUCGAUUACUCGAUACCGGAGUCAGUGUACGUAAACGUGUCAUCAAAAUUCUGAAAGAUAUUUGCAUCGAGUAUCCGGAGUAUUCAAAGAUACCGGAAAUUUGCGUCAAGAUGAUCAGACGCGUCAACGACGAAGAAGGUAUUAGAAAAUUGGUCAUGGAAGUCUUUCAAAACAUGUGGUUCACGCCAGUGAAGGAGUCUUCGCGGAGCAACGCGUUAAAACAAAAAGUUAUGCAUAUCACCGAUGUCGUGUCGGCUUGUAAAGAAAUGGGAUUAGAGUGGUUCGAACAAUUACUAGUUAGCUUGUUUAAACCGAAAGAAGAUAAAGAUGAUUCGACCAAAGUAGUGACCGAGCCGCCAAAAAUUCUGGUCACUGCGUGCAAGCAGAUCGUCGAUUGUCUGAUCGAUAAUAUCAUUACGUUGGAUGGUCGUGGAGGUAAUGCACCUCAGCGUCUCGUAGCUUGCGUUACCACGUUGUAUAUGUUCGCGAAAAUUAGACCGCAAUUGUUGGUAGAACAUGCUAUUACUUUACAACCUUAUCUCAGUCUUCGGUGUCAGACCCAAGGCGAUUACCAAAUCAUCAGUUGCGUGGCACGUAUUUUAGAAAUUGUAGUUCCUAUGUUGGAGCACGCCAGCGAAAUGUUCUUGUCACAGCUGGAAGAAGACUCCGUUAAAUUAAUUUUCCAACACGACCAAACGGUCAUUCUAAGCUGUAUCUCGUGUUUGGGAUCAGUUGUAAAUAACGUUACUCGUAACUUUCCUCUGAUUAGAGAUUGUUUUUUAAGAUAUUUCAAUCCGUUGAUAAAGCUUAAAACGAUGAUGGAUAACGGAGGCAACAUCAACGUGCUGAAUAAUCCGGCUGUCAGGGUUGAUUUCCGUCGUUCGAUGUAUAUCGUUGGUUUGAUGUUGAGAUUUUUCGAUUUUAAGGAUAAAGAAGUUCGAGGCGAUAAACUAUCGGAUAACAUUUGUAACGAAGUGUUCGACACAUUAUCAUAUUUUAUGCAUAUUGACGAUAAAGAAUCUCGUUUGUUCGCCCUCCGAUCGGUUGGCUCGAUGUGUAUUCGUCACUACGAGUAUAUGUUGGGUCCCGAAUUGAUGGCUCACUACCAAUUGCUCCUGAGAGGCGAAGAUACUCCUAUUCCAAUGAAAGUACAAGUAUUGAACAACAUCAAAGUCUACCUUCAAGAAGAAGAAAAACGAAUGAUCAAGCAAGAUGAAGAAUGGGCGACAUUAUGCAAAAAGGAAAAUCUAAAAGAAAUGAACGACGUUUCGUCUGGUAUGGCGAGUACGAUCAUCCAGUUGUACCUGAAAGAUGUGCUAGAAUCAUUUCUACAUCCUAGCAGUAGUGUUCGGCAGGCUGCCUUGGGCGUAAUUCAAUUAAUUCUAUCGCAAGGUUUAGUCCAUCCUGUGCAGAUCGUACCGUAUUUAAUAUGCAUGAGUACCGACGAAGACAAGAGUAUAAGCGUAUGCGCCGAUAAACAGUUACAAGAUAUCGAAAAGAAAUAUCCCGGAUUUAUUCAUAUGAAAGCGCAAAACGGUAUUAAAUUGUCAUUCACUCUACAAAAAAUUAUCCAAGGAACCGAAGUAGCAAGAGGAUUUAGGGAAAAAGAAGGCGAAUUGCCAUCCGCUCUGAAUGGAUUCUUGUAUUCGAUAUUGAGAAGCAAACAGCAACGUCGAGCUUUGAUGAUGUCGAUUUUGAAACAAUUCGAUGAAACCGUGAAAACGAAUUUGGCGCAAAUGUUGUACCUGGCUGAUAACGUGGCGUACUUUCCAUACCAAGUUUUGGACGAACCAUUAUUCAUCAUUCAUCAUAUCAAUAUAAUGAUCUCCGUUACCGGAACUAAUUUAGUACAGAGCUUCAAAGAGGCUCUUCUUCCAAAUCCUGAUCUAAAACAAGAUCCGGAACAUGCAGCGAAUGCUAUCGAUGAGGAUGACGACGAAGACGAAGAGUCGUUAUUGAAAAGAUUACCCGAAGAUACCUCAGUAUUGCAAGAUUGCAUGAUUGCAUCUCAAGGAUGUUUGAUGUUAUUGGUUUUAAAACAGCAUUUGAAGACUUUAUACGGAUUUACCGAUUCAAAAAUCGCAUUAUACUCUCCUUCGGAAUCUGCAAAAGUGUACGAAAAAUCGUUGAAUAAAAAGAACGUGAGCAAGUUCAAUCCAAAAGCUGCACUGCAAAAAUUGAAGUCGAAACCGAGCGACGACUAUAUUCUAGACGAAAAAUCUAGACAACAGCUGAUCGCCGAAUAUUUAGAGUUCAAGCAGCUGAUCAUUUCGUUGGAUAGAGAAGACGACGAUGAUGACGAUAACACCAAAUCGCAGAAUACAUCCAAAGUUAAUAACGUUUACUCGGGACCUAACGCUUCGGAUUCUAGCCAGACUCCGACUAAAGCAGCGAAAGGCGAUCACAACUCGUCAUCUUCUUCCACAAUGCUUACACCGACCAUAGUCUUAAAUUCUAUUCAUAGUACGCCCGCAUCAGGCCAAACCAAUGUUUCUACUCCUAAUUCUAGUGUGAAUAAUUCAUUUACUCCUAAUCAUUCUCAAGUUACUCCGAAGGUACCGAAAUUAACCAUAGUACCGCCUAAACCACCGCCCGAAUCGUCUCGACAUUCGCAUUCGCACAGUCAUCGAUCGCAUAAAAGUAAAAAGUCUGAUAGGCAUAAGAAGCAUCACCAUAAAAGAAAGAAAAAAUCGUACAAAUCCGACGAAUCAGACGACGCUGCCAGCGAUCCAGACUAUUCACUUUGAGUAUUAAAUUUAAUUAUUUUUAUUACGAGUAUUACGUUUAAGUGUUAUUUUUAUUAAAUACGGAGUACAAUAUGAACGAGGUGUGAAGAAAACAAUCGAGCUAUUCUGUAAGCCAUUAGUACGAAAUUGUAUAUAUUCCAAAUACAAAGACAAUUAUGAGUUUUUUUUACACAGAACAAACGAACGAAAGAGAUAUUAAGCUCCAGUUUUUUCAUCAUUUAUUUGAUAGUAUGAUUUAUUAUUACUUUCAUUGUUUCCAUAUUUCUUUUUUAUUUUAAAACGUUGAUUCGAUGAGUGAUUUUUAUGUGAAGUAUAUUAAUUGGUUGUCGUGGAAUAACGCGUUUUGUUUUUUUCGUUGAGAAAAAAAUUACCUAUUUUAUUUCAUAUGAAAAAAAAACUUGGGUAUGAAAAUCUGUCUACAGAACAACUGGUGGAAAAAAAGAGUAAAGAAAUGACAUCAAAAUAUACAAAUUUUUUAACGUGUUUACCAUUUAGCACAGGGUUUGUAAUUAAAAUAGCGAGCGUUGAAAAGUGAUAUUGUUUGUUAAGGUGUAGAUGCUAUACGUGUUGCGUCCAGUACCUAAAAACAUUAUUUUGUGUAUUUCGGGUUUAUUAAAAUACCAAAAUGAAAAAAAAAAAUAAAAAGUAAAGCGGAGAUCGAAUUUAUGAUACUCACUGUGUACAGAGAAAAAAAACAAAGUAGAAAAAAACAUGUCGUUACUUAAUGUUGUAGUUUUUUCUUUUUCUUUCUUUUUUUUAAAUUUUUACUCAUUUAGAGUUGUUAUUGUUCUUUUGUGUAAAUGAUUUAUUAUACAUUAUAUUUUUUUCUAAUGUAAAUACGAACCAAGAUAACUUUUUUGUGUGUAUAAAAUUAGGCAUUUUUGAACAUUUAAAGAAAUGUUUUUUUGUCUUGUCGAUGUCGUCUUAAUUACCAUAUGUUGUAUAUAUCGCGUUUUAUGAAACGUAUUAUUUUCCAAAGUGUCCUUAUUGGAAAUUGAAAGUAAAAUCUGUCGGAAAAUUUCGUGUACGUUGAAAUAUUCAAAUUUGUGUGUGAAGAAAAAGAAUAAAAUAACUUCAUUGAAUGGAAACCCGGUUAUUAAAAUACGAUACAUUUAAUAAUUUAAAUGUUAUUUUAAUUAAACUUUAGGGGAUGGUUACUUAAUUUAUUUUACUUGAUGAGUGUUCAGAUUGAUUUUCAUUAUUUUUUUUCUCUUUUUGCGUGUGUCUAAUUGUAUAUUUUUUACAGCGUUUAUUACGAAUGCAAAUAAAAAUUUUCUUUCUUAACGUCGCCGUUUUUUGCGAUUAAAUUACUUAUGUUUAAUUUUUUUUUCUUUUUUUUUCAAUUAGCAAGCAUUCCAAAUAUAGAAAGCUCGUUUGUACCUACUCGUGUACUCUAAGUCGAAUUUCUAUUUUAUUGUUAAUAGAGCAUUUGAAUACGAAAAUAAAAUGAAAUGUCAAACAAAAUAUCUUUAAUUUAUUUAUUAUAACGUGUUGUUUGUUAAUUGUUUUAUCAAAAAUGAGAGUGAACAUGUGAUUAAGGAAUAAUUUUAGUAUAAUUUUUAUAUUUACAAAGCAAUAUAAAUGAAAAAAAAUACGAAAUUUUCUAGAAUAUUGUACAAAAUUGUAUUUAUAAAUUGUAAUAGAUAUUUCUUUUUUUAA